UUCUGACAGACACGAGCAUGUUCAAAGCCGCAGCCUGGCGUGGGGUUUUAAACAACAAAAGCAGCUUGAAAAAUCUUCAAUGCAAGUGAGCAGCGACAUGUGGAUGGUCACAUUAAAAGCUUUAAUUAGUAAACUUUACUGCUGCUGAUUGUUAGAGGGACGGAAAUGGCUGCGACAACUUGCAUUCGUGGAUCCUGGUAAUAUACUGGAAUAAAAAUGGCAGAGAGUGGUAGCAAUCGCCAAGUGCCAGGACCGGACGGAACAACAAGCCUGAGGCAGAAGUGGCAGCAAUGGGCCGACGACCACAAGCAGUACCAGAGGUACAAUCCUUUUAGUGGCUCCCAUGCGAUGACUUUGCGGUUGCAGAGAGGGGAUGAAGAAUACGGGCGACCCAAAAAGGGAUCCAAAACAGACCAGAGAGGUAAAGAUGCACACACCCAUGUCGGAAAAGAAGUCGAAGAGUUGCUUUAUGUUAUUAGAAGGUGCGGAGAAACUGGGCCAGACGGGAAUAUAUAUAUAACUUUUGGGAGAUUGUUUGAUGCCUACGUGACAAUUUCCAAUAAAGUGGUGGGAAUCCUGCUGCGAGCGAGAAAACACGGUCUGGUUCACUUUGAAGGGGAAAUGCUUUGGCAAGGAAGGGAUGAUCGCACUGUCAUCACGCUGCUUGAGUGAAGUUAGAUUUGCGCCUCCAGCAUUUACGUCACCUUUGGUAAUAUUCUGUUUGUGUCAUGUCUACAUAAUCAGGAUGGGAACUAAAGCUUCUUUGCUGAACACUCUACCGAUGAACUUCAUGGAAAAUAAAAUGCACCACUGGAAGAAGAAAACAAAAUUGUAACAACAAGUGAAAUGAAUAGCACACUGUAGGGGUCUAUGAUCUAGGGAUCUAAAACCUCAAACUAUAGGCUGUCGCACAAAACUACAAGGAGAAAGGAACAAUGACACAAACUCUGAAGUGAAUAUAAACAUGUUUGUGACAUCAAAAGCUUUUUACCCCAUCCAGUCCAUUCACUCCAUAAUCUUUGUACAAAUUGUGUCAUUUUAGUUUUGAUCCAGCCUAACUUUCUCCUGAAAGAUACUGCCACAGAACUGCUCUUUGAAAUCCCAUGAUGAAUUUGAUAGAACAUCAGAAUAACUACCAUAAAUGAAAGUCACAAAUGACUUUCCAACUGAAAUGGCAUCAUGUUAACUCAUGUUAAUCAUGAGUUGAUUAACCUAAGCUGCAAAUUUCUAAUUAUUUGAACCCUACUGCUAAAUAGAUAUUUACCUUACUUCAAUUAACAAAGUUACCAACUUCUAUCUUUAACUAUCUUUGCUAGCAUGUGGUACCAAAUAUCCCAUUAUUCCAUAAAUUUUAAAAAAAGUUUUAUUUUUGUCACAUCUCAGUUGCCACUUUUAGACUUAUUUCCUCAAGUUGUGCUGUCACAGCACAAACAUCUACAAUGACCUGUGCCCCUCAAGUUUUUGAAACCCUAGUUUGCCUAAUUUUCACUGUUUCACUACUGAAUGCAUUGAUUCAUAUUGUGGCAUCUGCACAAGCUGUACCUCAACUCAUAUUUAUGAUUCAUGCAGGAACACCAGAUUAUGAAUAUUGACAGGUCAUCAAACAUAGGGAUUUGGAAAAGAAGCUCAAUUCUUCCCCUAUCCAAUGUCUACACAGAAACAUAAUUCACUAGGAAUACCAAAUCAUAGUCAGUGAUGAGAAUCCUGGAUAUUUGCCCCCUGCUGUCUUUCAGCUAUAGGGCUGAGGGUAACUUUUACAGACCCAAGCCCUCUGUUAAAGGUCAACUAACACAACACAGACUGAUGACUGAAUCAGGUACUUCACUGAAUGCUGAAUUAUAGUCAGUAUCAAAUGUAGGCCUGUAUAGAUAUCCUGAGAGAUGAUAGGUUUUGAAAAUUAUAUAAAAAUAACAUUUAAUGACCCUGUCUCAGAAACAGUUUUUGUCCUGUUAGAAAGCCAGUGCUCAGCUGUCCUUGUCACUCAACAGGGCUUGCACCCAGCAAGUGUAACAGAUCUGUCAUGUCAUUUGAUGGAUGUAUCUUUUCUGUAACAGAUCCGACUCAUUACCAAUUUGUCCUGCACUUGUUGUUUACCCUUGUCAUAUAGAUCAUCUCAGAACUGUUCUUCUAUUUAAGCAGUGUUAUUCAGUAGCAAAAAAAUCCUUGCAUUUCUAAUAAACAUUGUAGUGGAAACCAUACCAAGUUUUAUUCUUCAAACUGACUGUAUGGACAGAUCACAUUCAAGUUGAAGCAGACACCUGCUUCCUAAAGUGGAAAAGAUUGGGAAGAAGCAAGAAUUCCCUUCUUAAUCAUAUAACGUAAAACAGAUCAGCUGAUAAGGUUAUGCAAAAUACAUUGUGACGUGACGCCACGGGGGAAACGUAAGUGGACUGGGACCAUUAUGAAUGAAGCUACCGUUUCACUUACCUAUAGGAAAUCUUUGUGGAAAUACGAUAUCUGACACAGCAAACUCACAAGUAUAUACUCACUUUACAAUAAGUGGGCAAUGAUAAAACUGGAAAUAUUACUUUUUGUAGUUCAAAACAAAAAUAUAUGACCCAUAAAGCAUAUAAUUCUAAGUUAAUGAAUAAAACUGGAAAUCAAUUGAAACAAUAGGGCUGUGAAAUCCUAUGGGUUCCACUGUCCUGGCAUAGUUUAUGGGGAGAAUUAGUAGAUAUAGCACGACCUUUAUCAUUUGCAGUAUUGAACUUCUCGCUGGUGGUUUCAGAUACCAGGUUAAUCCCUGCUUCCUGUACGAAUUCUAUUCUCCCAGUUUCUACACAUCUGUCGUCAUGUUUGUUCUGAUGAUGUCACCCACAGAGGCGUUUCUGACAUAUCUUUCUUCUUUCUCCAGUAGGACCUCCUACACUGUAAUGGACUGUAGUGGACAGGAUCAUCAACCUUGCCCAUUCCCAUUUCUGGCACACCCAAUUUCAUACCUUCUCCUACCUCCAAGAACCACAAUAGGGUUUCUCUUGGCAGCCUACACAUUCAAAAUAUCAUCCUUCCCCAUUUUCACUACCUCUAGCAUAAGCCACCAUCAAACACAUCUUCCCCGACCUCCCAGAGUUCUGAAGGUACAGUUCUCUCUACCAUACAUGUCAUGCCCUUCCAUGGCGCCUUCCCAUGGAAUUGCAGGAAAUGCAACACUUGCCUUUUUAUCACCUCACUCCUCGCUAUCAAAGGUGCUUUCUCAACUGAAAGUUGUAUUUAGCAUAAGUAAAUCACUUCUUUCUAACAGUCUCCUCUACAUUACGAGACUAAACACAGUCUAGGUGAUUGUUUGGGGAACACCUCCAGUCAGUGCCUAAUUGUUUCACUUGCCCCUCCUCAAUGUUAUCAACCGUAUAAAACCUAUACUAUUUCUACCCAUUCUCUGUUCAAAGAAGUGUUACACUGUUCUUGAAAGCAUAACUCUGUUGCUCACUCCAUACAUGCUUCCCAAUCUGUUGGGUUUCUCCAGCACUUUGUUUUCAGAUCUCUGCCAUCUGCAGUAUUUUGUUUUUAGGGAUGAUUUCAAUGGAAAAGUUACAUGCAAAAGGUCAAGUAUUUAAUCAAACUAUGAAUUAAUCACUUCCUGAGGAUUACUCUUUCAAUAGGUAUAUUCACAGAAAGACUUUAGUAUUACACAAAAAAAGACAAAUUUUGCUCAGGAUUUUUGCCUUAUGCUGAUUAGGAUAUUUCACAAGAAUUCAAGGGGAAAACCAAAAUGUAAACUGCAUGAUGGAGUUUCAUUGGCAAGUGCACGCUAUGUUACCUACUACUGUUAAUAUUUUAGGAUUUGUUUUAGAAAGGCUGUUACAAUUUACUUAUGAAAUUAAAGAAUUACAAUCAAAAACCAACAACAUUGUAAAGCAGUACCUGACAUUAUUUUUAAUAGCAUCUUUAAGAAAAGUUAUGGAGAUGAACUGGAUAGUGGGGUGGUGGCAGGCCAUGAAAGAAUUUGAAAACUUUGAAAUUGAAGCUUUGCACAUCCAGGGAUCAAUUUUUAGAUUAGUGAUCAUAAGAACAAGAAUGAAAAGAACGGCUGAUCAUUUGUUUUAAACAGAUCAUGUAUCACGUUAAUGUGCUGAAUAAAGAAUUCAACUUUAUGCCUCAAAUUAAGAUCUGUAAAAAGCAC